AUGAAAACUGAUACCGCCAUGUCCUAUCACCCAAUAGACAUAGAAAGGGACAAAUACCCCUAUUGCAUCGUCUGGACUCCAAUACCCCUAUUAACAUGGCUAUUCCCUAUAAUAGGCCAUAUGGGCAUAGCUACAUCUUCAGGAGUAAUCCGAGACUUUGCAGGACCCUAUUUCGUAUCCGAAGACAAUAUGGCUUUUGGAAGCCCGACAAAAUAUUUCCAGUUGAAUCCCGCUCUAGCUAGAGCGCAAAGUUGGGACACUGCAGUAGCCGGAGCUUCUGAAAUCUACAAGACUCGUAUGCACAAUUUGUGUUGCGAUAAUUGCCACAGUCAUGUGGCUACAGCAUUGAAUUUGAUGCAGUAUGGAGGCUCGAAUAGGUGGAAUAUGUUUAAGUUGGCCUUAUUGAUUAGUUGGCAUGGGAAAUAUGUUUCUUUGGGAAGAUAUUUGAAGACUUGGCUACCGUUUUAUAUAGUAUUAACCUUUCUUAUUAUAUUUAGUAUAUUUUAUUUCAAAUAA